AUGACAGCAGCCAACUCACCUGACCAACGGUACCCAUUCAUUUCCAAUUCCAAGAAGGGAGACGGUAUGCCUGAGACACUCCCGCCCGGCGAUCACAGCUUCAGCCAACAAGUCAUGUACAAUUCACCGGCUGUUUGCGGCGUAGUCGCUCAGUUCCCCCAUCAAGUCCGAUCUUCGUCGAUGUAUGAAUCAACACCUAGCUCCUUCUCCGGCGAGCAUCAAGUUCCCUCACCCACGUCUGUCGGUCAUCAGCAGAUGCACAUGGGCUCUCAGCACCACCACCAACCGCAAAAGGUCCAAGACGAGCAGAGUGGGCAGGCCAUGGUCACGAUGCAGAGCAUGCAAGGAGCACCAAGCAUCUACCCGCCAUCUUACCUCGACACCAUGGAUGCCAGAUCACGAUAUUCUCCUGACUUUCCCCACUUCAGCCAGGCCGGGCCCUUCGCGUCUCAUGAGGCAGCAAUGGACAUGGUGCAGACUUCCAGGGCUGUGGCUGCCAGACCAACGAUCCUGCCCUACAAUGGAGAAGGGAGAGCGUCCACGUCCACACAGGGCCGUCGGGAGUUUCCAUGGACCGAGCGGCACACCGAGGUGCUUCGCCAAGGAAAACGAGCAGGCAAAUCUGCCCCGGAGAUCGUCAAAGAUCUCUAUCAGAUCGACGGCGUAGAAAGAACGCCCAAUCUGGUGUCAAAGAGAUGGGGAAAGAUAAGGCAAGGGUGUAUCAACAAGCACGAUAUGGAUUCGAUCGUCGAAGCUGUAUGUCCAGAUAUGGUCCGAAAGGUCUACGGCGAGCUUUCCAACCUCGAUUUUGCCCAAAUGCCGAACCUCAGUAUCCAGCUUGUGGAAGCUGAGCGCCAGGUCAAGGGCAUCUUGAGAAAGCACAUGGUCAAGGGCGUGCAAGAAGUCGUUCUGAAGCUCAUCAGCAAUGACGCGUCGUUCUCCGCGUGA